GGGAGACUCCUCCCCCCUUCCCUCCCCCCGGGCACCAUGCCUUCCUCCAAGACGGACGGCGAGUAUUGGAUCGAUGGAUCCCACCGUGAGGCUGCCCUGGAGGAUUUCUACGUCGUGGGCCCUGAACUGGGACGGGGAGCCACCUCCGUGGUGUACAGCUGUGAGGAGAAGGGCACACGUACCCCAUAUGCUGCCAAGAUCCUGAAGAAGACAAUCGACAAAAAGAUCGUGAGGACAGAGAUCGGGGUCCUGCUGCGCCUCUCACACCCCAACAUUGUGAGUAGGAGGCCGCAGUGCCCCCAUCCCAGCAUGGCUCUGG